UGUAUUUUAAGCAAUCAUCGACUUUGAAGAUUCCUGAAAUCGACUAUUGCUUGCUUCAUUGUUUACUAAAAUUGCUAAACGACCCUUUAUAUUAUCGAUAACAUAGCAAUAUAGCUCUAUGGGCCCUCCACGUAGCCGCGCAGGCUCCGCGGCAGGAGCGUUGAGUCAAUCGGUCUUUUCGCCAACAAAACGAGCCUCCCAGGGAAACUCCCCGAAGAAGGCACGGGCGCGCGCCGAAGCCGCAACAGACCCGACGAAGGAAAAGGUUCUUUCCUAUAUAUCUACUCUUAAAACGAAACUGCUCCGGCUGGUAGGAGACACCAAUAAGCCCGAAGCGGUAGACGCUAUCGACACCUUCGCCAGGACAUCACUAGGUUCCCUCGACUAUCACCCCCUACACGGGGCCACGGCGGACCCGACCUUUACCCGGGAUGUCAUCCGGGAGGUCGUUAAGGAAACCCUCCUCCAGUCCAAAUCCCAACCGACCUGGGCCCAAGUCGCCUCCACCACCAAGCCAUCUACUACCGACAAGACUAAUACUAAAGCCCUAAACAAAGCCGAACCUUAUGAAGUCACCGUCCGCGUUGCGAACUGCCUGGAGGCGACCCGGCGCCGGUCCAGCCACGAUACUAUCCAGCGCGCCAACUCAGUGCUUCGAAAUAACACGGUAAUAGCUGCCCGAACACUCCCUUCUGGCGACGUACGCCUCACUUUCGCGGCCGCAGCUGUUAGUUCCCAGAUCGACGAGGCUUGGCUGCUACAUGUAUUCGGCACGGGAGCGACUCGGCUCCGAACUGAACACGCUGUCAUCGUAAGAGGCGUACCGCCCGCGGUCAUCAAUCCCGAUUUCGAUAUCCACGGCGUAGCUGCGCAGAACGUUAUUUCCUUCCAAAGGGUGAUCCCUGCCCGGGCCCGACCCGGAGCCACCAAGCGCAGUUUCAUCAUGUAUGUAACAGACAUAGAGACCGCCAAUAAGCUCUGCGACCGAGGCUUUGGUAUCGACGGCCAGCUCUUCGACUACGAGCCCUACACGGCUGCGGCCCGGCCCCUCCAGUGCUACAACUACUUUCAGUUCGGCCACCAAUCUCGCCAGUGCGCCAAACCUGCGAUCUGCGGCUCCUGCUCUGGGGACCACCACGGCUUCGUCGAGGGUACAAAGCGGUCCCUUCCCUGCCCCUCCACGGCACCGAAGUGCCCGAAUUGCAAUAAGGACCACCCGGCUUGGGCACGAUCCUGUCGUGUCGCCGAUCGGGAAUGGGAGCGAGCGCGUGCCGCCUACAGCACGCGCCCGCGCCGGUUCCAGGACGCACCCGUAGCCAACCUACCGCCACCACCACCACCAACCGUUAUCUAUAUGCACCCGGACGACACGCCGGGCCCAGACCGCAAGCGACAACGUGGUCGACCACGCAAAUCCCUUCCCCCCCCCCCAGACCAACAAGAUCAACUUUUGCCCGGACACCCCCAACCCGCCGUUCGGGUCCUCCCAGGCCCCGGGGGGCACCCAGAAGAAUCCUAUGGCGCCUCCCCCAGAGCCAGCAGUCACCCCAGGCCCGACGACCGACAUAACCAUGCCCGACUAACUAGAUGCUUAGUAUUCUUAGCUGGAAUACACAGAACAGCCCAGCCAAUAUCGACAUCGCACUCUAUUGCCCUGAGGCCUUCGACAUCGUCGCUCUCCAGGAGCCGACCCGGACCAGUCACAUCCCCGCGUCGGCCCUUUUGAACUACAACGUCGUUUUCACUGACAAUGGUACAGCCACAUACAUACACAAACGCCACCCUAUACACUCCUGGAGCUCGUUAUCCACAGCAUUCUCAACCACUAUCCACUUCGGCUCCGUCUCGAUCACGAACCUGUACCGAUCCGGAGCCAUCUCUGUCCUCGACGUAAUUACCCUCUUCAACAAUCUCCCCACUAACACCCCACACGUUAUCGUCGGCGACUUCAACACCCACCACCCGAGCUAGGAUUUCUUCGGCCGCGAAACCCAGGACUCCUCGGACCUUAUCGCGGCCGCGGGACAGGCACGACUCGCCCGACAGCGCCGCGCGACUAGCACGAUGGCUACUAGACACGGGCCGAAUCAGCUACCUCACAGCAGCGUACCAGGCCCACGAUGCCCGACCUGGACCCACCGCGGCCAACCCAAAUAUAGGGUUUUCUUUGUUUUUCCCCUAUAAUAUACAUAGUUAGAGCUAGAUAAGCUAGAUAGCUUCUAUUAGCCUAAUAAUAAUAAUAAUGAUAAUGAUGAUGUA